GCCAUCUUGUCUCCGCUACGUCAGCGGGUCAGAGGUGAAUAGACUCUACCACCUCUCUCAUUCCUCCCCAUAUUCCGGGUGUGACUGUAUCCACCGCUUGCCCUGGUUGUAGAGAGGUGGCCGCUUAGGUGAAGCAUAAUGAGUCUCAUUAACAUUGUACGUGAACAUUGGACAAAUAUCCUUGUUCCUCUGGGAUUUGUGUUGGGAUGUUAUCUUGACAGAAGAAACGACAGCAAGCUUACUGCUUUUAGAAACAAAAGUUUGUUGUAUAAACGGGAACUGAAACCAGGAGAAGAAACAACAUGGAAGUGAAGACCUCAAAGCAGGACUGUGAAACAAGCAACCAUACUGCAUAAAAAUCAGCCCAAAUGCGGUUUUUGUCUUGAAUCUUCAAUUAGGGAUCCGGUGAAAGUUAAUUCAAGUAAUGCUGUUUUGUUUUAGUACAUUUUCACCUAUCUCAAUCUGCAUAUCUCUGUGUAACAGAAAACUAAUUUAAAGUCCUAAAAUUUGCCCAAGAUUGUCCCCUUUGUAUCACUGGAGUGUAAAGUUUAAAAAUGAACAGCAGAUAGUUCAUUAUUUGUUUCAUUAACCUGGAUAUAUACAAAUGGUAUGGCAGACUUAAUAAAACUUAUUGUAUUUA